GAGCUGCGUAAAAAAUCGACUGAGAUAUUCGAGUAUUUACAAAAUUUGUGUGCAUCUAAGUUUUUUCGUGUUUGACUCUAAAAAACCUAAUUGUUGUAUAUCGGAGUAUAGGUUAUCCAACAAAUAUGAAAAAUUGAACAACAAGUCAAAUUUCAAAUAGUUUGAUUCACCUACCUAUAAAUUGACACCUGAAAAAUUUAAAGGGGAAUUAAAAGUGUGAUAAUAAUGUUGAACACUAAUCUAGUCGUACCGGUCGUGCUUUGGGGUCCGAACACUCCUACUCACUGUGUUUCCAGUGUCUUCUUGUCACGGGACCAGAAAAUCCUUGCUACUGGAUGUUAUGAUGGUCAAAUUUGUUUGUGGCAAGUUGAUCCGGACUCAUUGCAAAUGACGCCACGUUGUUUGCUUGUCGGACACACAGCGCCGGUGCUCUGCCUAACGCGAGCGUCAAUUGUGCAGGACAAUAAUUUUUUAGUUAGUUCAUCGGAAAAUGGAGAAAUGUGCACCUGGGAUCUAGUGGAUGGAAAAUGUACCGAAAGUAUCAAAAUGCCACAGGUUCAUACCAAUAUUCAAGCAUACCAUAUGGCAAAUUGUGACGAUAUUCGUCUGUUCUGCAACGGAUAUUAUGCAGAGAUUAUGGUAAUGGACCCGUUUAGUUUGGAAGUUCUGUUCUGCUUGAGUUCAAAAGUAAAUCCAGAUUGGAUCUCUGCGUUGCAUGUUUUGAGACCAUCCAAACGUAAAGAUGACGUUGUAUUAGCUAUUACGACCACCGGUACUGUUAAAGUGUGGACCUUAAUUGGCAAUGAAAAUAAAUAUUCUGAACCGAUUUAUGAAAACGAAUCGAAACAGAUUCGAUGCUUGAAUGCCAUAACUAUGAACUGCUGCUCUCAGAAUCAGCGAACAGUGCUGAUUGUUUGCGCCAAAUACUGGCAGAUUUACGACGCCGGAGAUUUUACCGUCUUGUGCAGUGUGAUUUCUCCGUCCGGGGAAAGGUGGAUGGGUGGAGAUUUUCUCGCAAACGACCGUGUAAUUUUGUGGUCCGACGAGGGAAAAGGAUACAUGUAUCGUUUACCAGCCAACAGUAUUCCAGAUAAUAAGGAUUUUCAUGGACCAUCGGUGGGAAAGGAUUCUCCGUUCUUAUACUGUGUUUUGUCGCAGACUGGAGAGAAACCCUUGUCAUGUCCUCCGACUAUAAAGCUGGUUACUUCAAAUAGAGGCGGCAAGAUUCAAAAAUAUUUGUUACGCGGCGACUCCGAAGGAUUCAUAAAUAUUUGGGCUGUUCCCGAUAUAACUAUGGAACAAAUCAAAGUGAUUCAAAACGAGAAACAAUUACCGGCAGCACUUGAGUCAACAAUUUGCACUAGUUUGGAGGAAGCAUGGAAUAAAAUGGAUCCGCUACCAGUAGGAAUUCUGGAUCAGUUGUAUAGAAACACGAGUGAACCAAUGAUUAAGUUGACAGCUAGUAUUUACCUCCCCCAGCAAAGUAGAUUAGUAGUUGGUCGUGAAGAUGGCAGUAUCAUUAUUGUCCCUGCAACCCAAACAGUGAUGCUCCAUUUGUUAUAUGGUCAACAUCAGGAAUACAGCGAUUGGCCUUGUCAUCAAGUCCUCAAUGGUCACAGUGGACGUGUCAAUUGUUUGCUUUGUCCAUCUUUGGCGCAUUCACGUUACGACAAAUCACAUCUUGUUUCUGGAGGAGUGGACUUCGCUGUGUGUCUAUGGGAUCUAUACAGUGGUCAACUGAUUCAUAGAUUUUGCGUCCAUGCCGGAGAAAUAACACAGCUUCUAGUUCCACCGCCAACCUGUAGUCCACGAAUAUUAAAAUGUAUUUGUUCGGUUGCGUCUGAUCAUUCAGUUACACUGCUCAGUUUACAAGAACGAAAAUGUGUAACGUUAGCAAGUCGACACCUCUUUCCAGUUAUAUCUAUCAAAUGGCGUCCAUUAGAUGACUUUCUGAUUGUUGGUUGUUCGGAUGGUACCGUUUAUGUGUGGCAAAUGGAGACAGGGCAUCUUGAUAGAGUUCUGCACGGAAUUCUAGCUGAAGAGGUUCUUAAUGCAUGUGAUGAAAAUGUUGGGGACACUGGUAGCAGCAGUGGCUCUACAUCCGAUAUGGGUCUAGCGAAUCCAGCUGUACAUUUCUUUAGAGGUCUUCGACAUCGGAACUUCAAUGCUAUUCGCCACGCAACUCAGCGUGGCAUUCAUCAGUUGCAGCAGCUGCACGCUCAUAAUAAUCAGCAUGGAGAUUUUCUUAUGAAGAAUAGAAGCAGUCCAUUGAUAAUUCAAGGACUUCGUACUAAUCCCAAAGAUGCUGAAAGUCACAUACUGUUUUUUGACAUUGAAGGAUUGAUAUUCGAACUACAUGCUGAAGAGUAUGCUGCAAUGAGUCCUAGUACAUUGGAGGCUGAAGGGUUACUUAUUCCUGUCGGAACUGAAACACAUUCGUCGGAAGCCGGUAAAAAGAUUUCAGGCAUUCUGGCUAAAAUGAAGGAAGGCGCAGAAAAUGUACAGACAAAAGUGCAGGCCAAACUGGACAGUGUAGUGAAGAACGUCGGGGAAACGGGUAAGGAUUCCUCAGAUAUAAGUAAGAAGAUUGCACCCCGCAUGGAAGCAACUCAUGUAAUGGAAGUGGCGCAGCUCCUUUUAUCGUUAUUACAUUCAUGGGGAUUAGAUCAUAAUUUAGAUAAAGUGUGCGAGACUCAGCUCGGUUUAUUAAAACCUAUGAUUCCAAUUUCAUUUGGAGUACUUUCAAAGGGUGGUUAUAUGUCUCUGCUUCUUCCAACAUGGCAAAACAACGUUGAUCCCAAGAUCAGUACCGAGGAAGUGAACUCUUCCGUUUCAACCCCGCAGCUCUUACGUCAGACACAAUUAACGAACAUGUUUACUGCUAGACUUCACUGGGAGCUUAGCACCACUCUUACAUCAAAUCACUUGCUGGCUUUAAUAUCAAUGUCCAAUACGCUAAUGUCUAUGAAUAUGGCCACAUUCAUUCCGGAACAGGAGCGCAACAGAAAAUUACAUCGCCAGACAACACGCGCUUCAUGGACCAACGACGAAGAGCAAGAAGAAUUGUAUACACAACAACAAGCCCAGAUUAAGCAAGGUUGGAGUCUUCUAUCUACUCACCAUUGUUUUUUGCUUCCGGAGAAAAUCGACGCACUAGAUGCGAACACAUUUAAACGACCUCAGGUGGAAAUGAUGGCUCGGCGUUGGCAACAUCAUUGUUUAGAGAUUCGUGAAGCCGCACAACAACUUCUUCUCGGUGAACUAGGUCGUAUGGGUAAAAAGGGUAGAAAGCAACUAGUAGAAAGCUGGGCCCAAUAUUUGCCGAUGUAUACUCAUACUGAACCGAUUGUGCAGCAAGUUCAAUCUACAGGACAGUCUAACUCUGGCUCUCCCACCUCUACUCCUGGACCUCUAGACGUUCAAGAAGAAGAGUCGGAAGAGGAAGAAGAAGUAGUCCGUAAACCAUCCAGUCUUGCUGAACUCAAGCGAAAGCAAACAACGGCGGUUGUUUUGCUAGGUGUAAUUGGAGCAGAGUUUGGUCAAGAUAUUUCAUCUUCUGAUGGUAAACGAAAUAACGAAAAUCGCAGAAAGAGUUCAGUGGUAGAAGGUUUCGGUAUUGGUAAUAACAAUCUUGCACGGUCAACGUCAAUGGCCCUUACACAUUUAUUGUUGGCCCCAGCCACACCUAAACUUCCCGCCUAUACUCCUUUGCGACGAGCUGCUAUUGAUUUAAUAGGACGCGGAUUUACGGUAUGGGAACCGUACAUUGAUGUAAGCAAAGUCCUGCUGGGAUUGCUGGAAAUGUGCUGCGAUUCAAAUCGACUUAUUCCCAGCUUGAACUAUAAACUUCCUUUGACACCGCAAGCCGAUGCUUGCCGCACAGCGCGCCAUGCUCUCAGAUUGAUAGCUACUGCACGGCCGGCUGCUUUCAUCACAACUAUGGCUCGAGAGGUGGCUCGGUAUAACACGAUGCAGCAGAAUGCACAGGCUAUUAGUGUCCCCAUUACACAAUCGGUACUGCAUCGUGCUAAGAGAGAAAUUUUACAAUGCGUUGAAAUGCUAAUCGAUAAAAUGCAAACGGAAAUUGCGAACCUGCUUGUUGAGGUAAUGGACAUUACGCUACACUGUGUGGAUUCGAGUGAUUUGAAAAACAAAGGGCUUGUUGAGGUUAGUCCGUCAAUGUGUAAAUUCAAUCAAGUAUCUCACUGCAGUGCUUCAAGACGGAUAGCGGUGGGCGCUAGUAACGGUCAUCUGGCUAUUUAUGAGCUGCGGCAAAACAAAUGCCAAAUGAUACCUGCUCACACGAAACCAGUAACUGCGUUGGCUUUUAGUCCGGAUGGUAAAUUUUUAGUGAGCUAUUCUUGUGCUGAAAAUCGUCUCUCUUUCUGGCAGACCAGUACUGGAAUGUUCGGUCUCGGGCAAUCUCAAACACGAUGUAUCAAAGGAUAUUCCACAGCCCCAAUCCCAGACGUAGCCAGGUUGAACCCAAUGCGAUUGGCUAAAUUGAUUUGGAUAAACAACCGAACUGUUACACUUAUGCUGGCUGACGGUUCCGAGACACGGUUUAACGUUUAAGUUUAUGUUAAUCAAAUUGAUUGAGAUGUCUAAAAUACCUAAUAGUCCAAAUAUGUAUUACUUGUUAUGUCCUCAGGACGCCACUAGACAGCAGGAUGUAAUUGCUAUCGUACUAUUUCACUUCCACCCAAAUUCGCAUGUAUGUACUUGCAAAUGCAUAACAAUAUUCAACCUGAUAUAACGGAAGGGAUAGCCAAUUUCCGGUAAACUGAUCAAGAUCAUAAAUUAUUCGAAAAUUGUACCGGCUCUGCCCCAUAUCGAAGAUGCUUUGGUGUAUUUUGCUUUAACAAUCAUUUUCAACUUGAGUAGUAUAUAGCGAUGCGAAAGACACAUUUAUAAAAAACUAAGAAUAACACGCAUAAGGGACACAAAAAACCAGCUCCAAAGUGGCGUUGAAUAAUUAUAAAUGAUUCAUGCUUAGUGUGAGAGCUGCUUAUAUAAUUAUGCAAACUCAGCAUGUGUCCCUAGAGAUGUAUUCACGUUUUUUAUACCAUCCGUUUUAAAUAAGAUCAGCCAGUCAGAAUUUAUAUAGAAGCAAAAGACAACCGAAUAAACGGGCGGAAAUGAGCAAUUUAUGAUUUGACCUAUUUUUAAUUUUCAAUUGGCAGUUCCCGGGCAAUAGUCACCUAUUAUAUUCGUUAGUUGAUCAAAUGAAGAAGUUUGGAUUUCAAUUGCACGGAAGAAUACAAUCAUAAAAUAGAGAUAUGCACUUAUGCAGAAAAAAACCCUACUUGAUACUAACAUAUUCCUGCGAUGUUUACAUUCUAUAGUGUGCUCAAGAUUAUAAUUGUUAAUUGUGGUAAACUUUGCUGUUGAAAUAUAGAACAUA